UUUGACACGGUGCUCUGUAAGGGGCGACGGAACAGGAAAGCGUGCAGUGUGGAGGAGGAGGAGGUGUGCAGGAUUAAGCAGCCGCAGUCUGGCAGCAGUGAUGCCCAGAACCUCCACCCGAACCUCAGCCAGAACCAGGCUCUAAUACAUCACUCUGUGACCCGGAGCUGAUGAGGCUGUGGUCCUUCAGUGAGAGUGUAUGUGAGGAGAACCUUUAGCACCAGGGUCCAGCCUGAGAGAGAGAGAGAGAGAGAGGACACCUACAGCAGAGCAAGAAUGAAGAGACUGCCCAUCCUGGCCCUCCUCCUGUGGAUAUGCUCCAUAUUUUAUGUGGGUAUCUACCUUUUCGUGGGGGGUUUUCUGCUGGUGCGGUUGGAGGUGAACAGGACCAGCACCUGUGCGGACGUCUUGCCUCCGGGUGCUGACGUGGCGAGGGGAGAUUUCUGCCUGAAGGAACCGCGCUUCCGCAGGGCCGUGGUCGUCAUCAUCGACGCCCUGAAGUCCGACUUCGCCCGCUACGACCCGGAGAACACCUCUCCCAGAGCCUUCGAGAACAAACUGCCCGUCCUGGACGAGAUGGCCUCGUCUCGGCCGUCUCAGUCCAGGCUGUACACCUUCAGGGCGGACCCACCCACCACCACCAUGCAGAGGAUCAAGGGAUUCACCACCGGUUCCCUGCCCACCUUCAUCGACGUAGGAAACAACUUCGCCUCCAGCGCCGUCCUGGAGGAUAAUCUCGUCCACCAGCUGGGGCAGGCAGGAAAGCGGGUUGUCUUUAUGGGAGAUGACACUUGGGUCAGUCUUUUCCCCAGGAAGUUUCACCGCUCGCUUCCCUUUCCCUCCUUCAAUGUGAAAGAUCUGCACACCGUGGACAAUGGAAUCCUCCAGAACAUCUUCCCUACCAUGGAAGGAGAUGACUGGGACGUGCUGAUCGCUCACUUCCUGGGUGUGGAUCAUUGCGGACACAGGUUCGGCCCUGAUCAUCCAGCCAUGGCGGAGAAGCUCACGCAGAUGGAUGGAGUCAUCAGGUCAGUGAUUAAUCGGCUGCAGAACGACACUCUUUUGGUGGUGAUGGGAGAUCACGGGAUGACGGAUACAGGAGAUCACGGUGGAGAAAGCCUGAAGGAGACGGACGCUGCUCUCUUCCUCUAUAGCGGAUCCCCCCUGUUUCCUGCCCCCAGCUCACAGGUGGAGCCGGAGGUUGUGCCCCAGACUGAUUUAGUGCCUACCCUUGCCCUUCUGCUGGGGGUGCCCAUACCCUACAGCAGCGUGGGACAGGUUCUACUGCCCCUUUUCCCACACAACAACAGCCGGGCUGCACCUACAGGCCUCAGCCAGGCGGAGGCGCUGUGGAUCAAUGUCAAACAGGUGAACCGGUUCCUAGAGACCUACUCCAGCAUGGCCAAAGACAUCCCAGCAGACAGCCUGUCCCAUCUCCAGUCUCGCUUCACCCAGCUCUCCUCCCAGUACCUGAGCUCCGUCAGUAAAGGAGCUCCUCCUUCACCUGAGCUGGUGGCCUCCAUGCAGGCGUACCUGAGCUCCGUCAGGGAGACCUGUCGCGCCUCCUGGGCUCGGUUUAGCCCUGUGAAGAUGGCGGCAGGUCUGCUGGUUAUGGGUCUGGCGUGUGUGGUGUGCUAUGUUCUCUCAGAGCUGUCCCUCGUGGUCCUGCAGGAAGGUGUGCUGAAGAUGCCGGUGGUCUCUGGGUUGGUGGUGGGCGGAGCUGUAGCUGCAGGUCAGAUCUUCAUGUGGGGAUUUGUGGAGGUUUUGUGGUGUGUCGGAGUCGUGGCGCUGAUAACCGAGGUCAUGGUGCUGUGGAGGGUUCGGCGGGCUUUUACACGCAGCAGCUCUCGUGGUCAGCUCUCUCUCUGGCUCUCUCUUCUGCCUCCGCCGCUGCUCAUCCUCCUCCUCCGCUGCUCCUCGUUGCUCUCUGAUAGCUAUGUUAUCUCUGAGGGACGCGUGGUCACCUUCCUGCUCUUCACGCUGGUCCUCUACGUUCCUCUCCGGCUGAACUGGGACGGGCUCCUAGUGCCCGGUCCUCCUCCGGACACGCAGAAGCCUCCUGGGCUCCUCCCGCCCAGCCUGCCCCUCUCUACGGUCCGGCGGGAGGGCGCCGCCCUGCUGGUCAGUGUGGGCGUGUUGGUGGGCUGCCUCUACCUUUCCCUGUCCUUCCACAGCUGCCGUGAGGAGCAGGGGUCCUGCCAGCCCUCGGCGUUCCUCACGCCGCUCUCGCGGGUGCAGGACAGUCGCAUGCGUAACCUGCACUACAUCCUGUCGCUCGUCUCGCUCUCUGCCUGGGCCUUCCUGCUGCACCGCUGGCUGAGACACUACGGAAACUUAAACUGCACCAGCGUGACGGUGUUCACCGCUCGCUUCCUCCUUCCUCUCGCCUCCAUCUGCAUGGGUCUGCACUGGGCGGUUAGUGCCACGCCGGAGGACAGCUUCAGGAACCUGGCUGAGCUGAUUAGCCUGGCGCAGGUGGCUUUGCCGCGGGUCGCCUUUGGUCUGCUAGGCCUGGGGCUGCUGCUGCUGUGGCUGGACCCUCUGACCGUGUUCCUGAAGACCCGGGCGCCUCUGAACUCCCGUGCUCCCUCCAUGCCCCCGCCCAGGUACCGUGCCAGCACAGGAAUCAGCCCUCAGGCAGAGCUGCACCACCUCAUACCGCAGCUGUACCAGCGCAUCCGCCGGUCACUGGAGGACGGCGGGUCUGAGGGGGCCGAGGCGGACGGCAGGCCGGCUGUGGAGGCGUACGGGCUGGGCACGGUGUACUCGGCUCCGCUGAUCCUGCUCUGCGGGAUGCUGGGUCUGGGGCUGCUGCUGCUGCACCCGGAGGGGAUGGCACUGUCCUUUCUGCUGAUGCUGCUGCAGGCGGCGGCAGUGCUGCACCUCCACACCUCCUCCAGCACUCUCUCCAGCCUGCAGAGUCACUCCAGUAAGCUCAAUGUCUUCAGUGUGCCGUGGGCUCCAGUGGUUCUGUGGUCUCUGGCUGCCUCCCAGUUUUUCCAUGCCACUGGCCACCUGCCCACCUUCCCCUCUAUCCAAUGGGGUGCUGCGUUUGUUGGGUUCCCGCAGGGCCACUCCGGCACAGUACUUCCCGCCACACUCGUCACUCUGAACACCUUCGCUUCACACAUCCUCUUUGCAGUGGGGUGUCCUCUGCUGCUGUUCUGGCCGCUGGUGUGUGAGGUGCGUGGGACUCGGGCCGGGCGCUCGGGUGGAGGGGAUGACGGGGAGGACGUGGUUAUGGAGAUGAGGCUUCGGGAAAACCCUCAGCAGUUCAGCUCAGCACUGCUGCAGCUCACACUGCGCUACCUGUUCAUCUGUGGAGCUCAGGUGUUUGCAUCAGUGUGUGCUGCAGCAAUCCUCAGAAGGCACCUCAUGGUGUGGAAAGUGUUUGCACCCAAGCUAAUGUUCGAGGCUAGCAGCUUCAUCGUGAGCAGUGUGUUCCUGCUGGUGGGAGUCGCUCUGGUCAUGCGGGUGGACGUGGCUGUGGCUGGCUUAUUUCAGAAACUCCUUCCACAGAACUCCAGGUAGCACUGGAGGUCACCAUCCCUCUCCUACACAACUGCCAACGCCGUGAAGGAAACCAGCGACCUGCUCCUCACACUCCUCCGCAGGCCUGCUGCCGCGACGGGACCAAAGUGGACGUGAAAGACCUCUGAUUCUCCCAGCUGGUAGAGGAGAACCAGACCGCUGCUGAUGUUCUACACUGGUUUUGUUAAACACAGACUCUCUGUACUCUCUUAUUCGGAGCCGCUCUUGGCACCGUUGCCUUUGUAGUUGAAGAACUUUUGAAGUAGACGUGGGAGAGAUAGUGAAGCAUGCCUUUAUAUACUGCCAUAAACACCACUGACUCUUCCACCUGUUUACUGAAGGGCUGGAAGGACUGGACGAGGCGUGGAGAGCUACUGUGAUGAACGUCUGCUGUGUGACCUCGAGAAAGAAUAAUAAAGUACUGUGCAGAGGUUUUUUAAUACCUAAUUCCAUGAUUAAUUGUAACUAAAAAGUUUUUCAGCAAUAAUAUGCUUUAUAUACUACAAAAAAACGUAGAUCCCUUUGAAACACAAAUACAGUAAAAAAAAAGAUCAAAUUGUUGUUUUGAAUUUUGAAGUAGUUGAAAUCUCAUGAGCUUCUCUCAACCCCUUUCCACCAAAUAAGGAACUCCUGGUUCUGGAACUGGUUGUGUUCAUUGCUAUAAGAACCUUGGUGCUUUUUAUUUUUUAUUAUUAUAGAAACAAUGCUUCACCUCCUGUCUCUGCCGUUAUAUCAGAAAAUGACUGUUAACAGAUAGAGGCAGCCCUAAUAGAGGCAGUCCUAAAUGAAAGGGAGCGAAUGGAGCUAAAUUGCUAAAGACUCUUGCUUAAAUAAGGAACUGUCCAGGAUAUUCCUUUAAUUUUAGAAAAAGUAGAACAGUGCGCUUUGCUAAAAUAAAAGCCAAGAAAACAUACCUCUAUAUUUCAGUUUUUUUUCUACAACAAGCAGGUUUUAGGCUGUAGAUUCGCUAGCAUUACUGCUACUAAUGCAGAAGUUACACCCUAAACAUGAGUGUAACUCGGAAGUUAUGAAUAAAUUGUUCACUAUACAAUUAUUAAAAUUAAAAAAAAAAAAUUCUUCCAUAUGAACCUAUUUAGUAGGGGUGUCACGAUUCUCUAAAUCCUCGAUUCGAUUUUAUUUCCGAUUUUAGGGUCACGAUUCGAUUCGAUUCUCAAUUUUCCUUUUAUAUUUAUAUAUGUAAAAUAUCAGAGUAUAUAAAAAAACAGAGUAUAAUAAAAAAAAACAGAGUAUAAUAAACUCUUGCUACCAAAACGUUACCCUGAAACUGUGAUUUAGGCUUUCCAAAUAUAGUACAUGAACUUCUUACUGGAAACAUGCUCUAAUAUUGUGCUUCUUUUGUCUUUUUACCUUUAAAUAUACACAUAGGAGUAGCACGGUUUGACAGGGUAGCACAACUCGACAGAACACCUGAUGACUGGGCUCGCUGUGUGGGCGUAUCCGUGACGUUUUUUUAAUUCAAAUGAAGCAACAGGUGUAGUCCAUCAUAAGUUUAAGAUAUUUUAUCAACCUCACUGUGAUCUAUAGUUCUAUAAGUCCAUUUUCAGCUUCUCCUCCGCGGUUGAAAGGCAGCUGUUCCUUGUGUGAGAGGCUUGUGUGUGUGUGUCUCUAUCACACAGCGGAACUUUUUGUCGGAGGGUGGGGCUGCGCUCAUGCAGGCGCUCUCUCUCUGUGGAAAAACCCUGGGCUACAGCGUGCUGCGCCAUUUGCGUAGUGCGCGCUUGUGUAGCUUAGCGGGAGGGAUCGUCAAUCCUCCUUUUGACUUUGAGGCUCGAGACUAUACCAUAAUUUCGAUCGAUUUCGAUAAAAUAUCGAAAUCGUGACACCCCUACUAUUCAGCUUGCUUGUAGCAUUUUUCCCCCUUGGUUUGGGUUUGUUUUCACACAGGCAAAAACCUAAAUGCAACAAAAUGCACCCUAACAAACCAUGCAAGCACAUUGACUCCUCUGACUGGUAGCAAUAACAUACAUAUAGCAAAAAGGUUCUUUGUUCCAGACCUGUAUGUUCUUUUGUGCAGUGUAAAGAUUUUUUUAACACUGAACGCUGAUAAUUGACCGCUGUAAUUCCAAUCAGUGUUUUAAUGAGUAGUGCAGCGUCCAUGCAGUUGUGUCGGUACGCCAAAUCACACAACAUUCACAGUGAAAACAGCUUAGCAUGGAGCAGCUGUAGUUAUUAUCUGAGUAAUAAAUCAGGCUGAACUGCACCUGAAAGUCUGUAUAGCUCAAAAAUGAGCACUAUGUGUGAAAACUAACACCACUUUUUUAAUGAAUCUUAUCAGUGCUAACAAUCUGAUAUAUGAUAGCGUGUUACUGAGGUGAGGUGAUAACACUUACUGCGUAGAUAAGGAGCAUUUCAUUGCAGUUUUCACAGGGGCUUAAAACUUCUGCACAGUACUGUAUGUAUUCAGAGCACUACGUAUCUACGUAUCAGAAUUUUUGGGGUACUAAGCUAGUUUUGAUCCCAGUCACUUUUAAUAUAGAGCCAUUUUACAAUUGUUUUUUUCCAAAUGAUUUUUUUUUGUAUGUUUUUAGGGCCAAAAUCAGCCUGUUUUGAAUAGGACACGCUUACCAGUAUACAUACAGCUCUGUAUAAAAUUAAGAGACCACUUCAAUUGCUGAAUCAGUUUAUCUGAUUUUGCUAUUUAUUGCUAUAUGUUUGAGUAAAAUGAACAUUGUUGUUUUAUUCUAUAAACUACAGACAACAUUUCUCCCAAAUUCCAAAUAAAAAUAUUGUCAUUUAGAGCUUUUAUUUGCAGAAAAUAAGAAAUAGCAGAAAUAAAAAAAUAUAUGCAGAGCUUUCGGACUCAAAUAAUGCAAAAAAAACAAGUUUAUAUUCAUAAAGUUUUAAGAGUUCAGACAUCAAUAUUUAGUUUUAAUGCAUCUUGGCAUCAUGUUCUCCUCCACCAGUCUUACACACUGCUUUUGGAUAAUUUAUGCCUUUACUUCUGGUGCAAAAAUCCAAGCAGUUCAGUUUGGUUUGAUGGCUUGUGAUCAUUCAUCUUCCUCUUGAUUAUAUUCCAGAGGUUUUCAAUUUGGUAAAAUCAAAGAAACUCGUCAUUUUUAGGUGGUCUCUCAUUUUUUUCCAGAGCUGUGUUUGAAUGAAUGGAGUCUGCCAUUUGUUUACUGAAGGGCUGGAUGAUGCUACUGUGAUGAACGGUGACCUCAAAAAAGUGUUCAGUACUACAGAAAUAUACAAUAUUUGGACUUACAGUGUCUUUAAAUCAUUCAAUAUUUGAUAAAUUAGGAUUUAUUGUCUUAACUUUUAUGUAUUUUUUUUUUCCUUAUAUGGCCUAUAAAAUAUUUCUUCGGAUUUUGAAUUUUCAACUUUCGUUUUGUACAUUUCCAUGCAAUCGAAAGUAAAAAUGCAAAAUUUUGAGAUUAGAAGUCAAAUUUUGCCAAGAAUAAGUAUUUAUUUUACUGUAACAGUUUAACAGCACAAAAGGAGGACUGAGGGUCUGAACUCAGAUUUAAGAUUUAAAGCCAGUUUAUUUCUCUUUUUUAACUCUUAUCUUAGCAAUAACCACCUGUUCUCAGUUUCAGGUUCAGUCCAGUAAUGUUACAGCGUUAACGACGGACAGCGUCUGUGUCAGUAUCUUACCUGUGCUCAGCUGCUCUGUCAGGUAAGAGAAAGUGGUCACUAGCUUUAUCGGCUGCCUUGAGUGAUGUGCUCUGAUUUAUUUCAGCUCAGUUCACAUCCACUGCUGUUGUUAUUUAUUUCUAUUGUUUUUUUUUUUUCAUAUUUUGGUUUUAAUGGGGAAAUAUUGAAGCAUGACCAGAUCCACUUUCAGCCAGAAUCUAAUAGCUGUAUUACUGCUCAUGUGGUACGCUGUGUGUGUAUAUGUGGUAUGUAUGUUUAUGGCGAGAGCGUGUGUGUGUGUAUGGCGAGUGUGUGUGUGUGUGUUGGGGACUGUUUUGGCAGGUUGUUUUAAAACCUUGUCGGUGGAUUUUUACUAAUGUAUUAACAGACAGAAGGAGGGUGAAUUCAAGGGUGUGACUGAAUCUUUUUAAUUGUGUUAAAUGAAAUAAUGUGAAUAAAGGAAGGAAAUCGAUUAAAUAUUUUAUACAAUUUAAA